AUGGCAGUACCAAAGCAGGAGCGCUUAAUACUCUUUGACUUUGAUGAUGAAGAAGAUGAUGAUAUAAACUUUACUGAGAAUGCUCUUUCUGAAGGGACAAAUGUCCUUGCAAUUGUAGAAGAAAACCCAAGAAAUCAUAUCUUCAAAGCAAUCAAGGUGAAAGCUAUGAAUAAUCUUCCUGAGGGCAGUGAGCCAUCAAAACUUGGCAGAAGGCUUUGUAUCAAAUGUGUCACCUCCAUAACUGAAGACAACAUCUAUAUCAGCAAGGACACGUUUUUCCCAUUAUGCAUGUUUUCUGGAGGAUUCAGUCCAUUCAAUGGAGAUUUGCUGCUGGUUGAGUAUUCCAUGAACCCGGGCACUUCAAACAUGAAUAUGCACUCUGCGAGCCCCCUCAACUCUCAGAAUAUGGAAGAGGUCUGUGUUACUUGCAUUGAUGGAAGAAAUGGCGUGGUAGAAGCCACCAUGUUUUUCACCCUCGACUCUCUCCAUACUCUCCCUGGAUAUACAUCGGGUUUGUACGACAUUGUGAACACUACUGUGGUAGACAGCAUCCAAUCCCACUACACUCGAAGAGUGGUGUCUAUGACUCCAGUGGAUUCUCUGUAUUAA